AUGCAUGCAAACAGGAGGAACACAGCUCGAGCAGUGCUCAGCACAGCGUUGAUAGCUUCGCAGGCCGUGCCAGGCUUUGCGAAUCAUGUUAUCGACCUGUCUGGUGAUGGCUGGACACUAUCAAGCACGAAUUCGAGCAUCUCAGUACCUGCCAAAUUACCUGGACAGGCGCACUUGGAUCUAUAUGCUGCACAAGUGAUUGGCGACCCAUACUACGGUCUAAACGACUUUAACCUACGUUGGAUAGCAUGGAGUAAUUGGACCUAUACCUCUGAUCCAAUACAAGGCUUACAAGGCAAUGCCAGCUCGACAUGGCUUCGCUUCGACGGACUUGAUACGUUCACAAGCAUAUCAUUCUGCAACGAACACGUUGCAGCAACUAACAACCAGUUUCGCCAGUAUUGGUUUGAUGUCUCAGAUAUACUUCAGGCCUGUACGGAUCAACAUCCGGUACUCAGCAUCGAGUUUGGUUCUGCUCCGAAUAUCAUCAACGCAAUUGCCACAAAACCUGACCAAAGAACAUGGCCUGAUGGUAUCCAGAUACCUUUCGAGUUCGACAACCGUCAGUGGGUGCGUAAAGAAGGUUCUGAUUUUGGCUGGGAUUGGGGUCCAGCUUUUGCUCCUGCUGGUCCCUGGAAGCCAGUCUAUGUGGUGCAGCUUGAACAGCAAGACGUUCAUGUACGGAAUUCUGUGGUCGACAUUUACCGUAAAGGCCAGUUGAACAACCUCCCACCUGACCAAACGCAGCCAUGGGUGCUCAAUGCAAGCAUGGACUUCUUUGGUACAUUACCGGAGGGCGUAAGCUUUGUGUACACACUCUUGGAUGCCGAAAGAAAUGAACUCGCCCAGGGCGAACUAGAGAACGUCAAUACUACCAAUGUAUCAAUCACAGGCAGCACAAUCAUUCCAAGUGAUAUGGUUGAGCUAUGGUGGCCUGUCGGACUUGGGAAGCAGAGCCUCUACCACAUCAUUGUUGAUGUCCUGAAGGAGAGCGUCUCUUUUGCCUCUAUCGAGAAACGAGUGGGUUUCCGCACCAUUAUAGUAAACUCCGGUCCUAUUCGCACGGAUCAAUUAGCUCGGGGAAUUGCGCCUGGAGACAAUUGGCACUUCGAGGUCAACGGGCAUGAGUUCUACGCGAAAGGCUCGAACUUCAUUCCGCCAGACACUUUCUGGACUCGUGUCGACAAAGACCGGAUCAGUCAGCUAUUCGACUCUGUUGUUGAUGGACGACAGAACAUGCUCAGAGUGUGGUCAACAGGUGCGUAUUCUCCUGAUUUCAUGUACGAUCUGGCGGACGAAUAUGGUAUCCUUCUUUGGAGUGAAUUUGAAUUUGGAGAUGCCAUGUAUCCAGUCGACCCAGACUUCCUUAACAACGUUCGAGAAGAAGCUGUAUAUCAAGUUCGCCGUGUCAACCACCAUCCGUCAUUAGCCUUCUGGGCCGGAGGUAACGAAAUGGAGAAUCUCAUCCUGUUCAACUAUGUUGCCAAAUCCGCUCCUAACAAACUAGAUUUCUAUAUUGGAGAAUAUGAGGCACUGUUUCUAAAUGUUCUUACGCCCGCAGUGUUUGAAAAUUCCAAGAGCAUAUCCUACCAACCUUCGAGCACCAGUAACGGGUACCUGAAACUUGACCAUAGCCGAGCUGUGCCCAUUGUACCACGCUACAUGAAUCUCACCGAGGGAUCCAUAUACGGCGAGACAGAUUACUACAACUAUGAUAGCACUCAGUCCUUUAAUGUGUCAGGAUACCCCGUCGGCCGGUUUUCCAAUGAGUUUGGCUUCCAUUCCAUGCCGUCGAUACAAUCCUGGAGACAAGCGGUGCACCCGAAUGAUUUGCAUUUCAACUCUUCUGUAAUAAUGCUACGCGACCAUCAUCCUCCGUCUGGCAGCCUGAAUACAUCAAACUUUGACAAGGCCGCAAUAGGACAGGCAAACUUUACAUCUUGGAUCUAUGCGACACAAAUCUUCCAAGCAGACUUCUACAAGAGUCAGAUCCAGCACUAUAGAAGAGGCAGUGGUAUGCCGGAAAGGCAGCUCGGUUGUCUUUAUUGGCAACUUGAAGACCAGUGGCAAGCGCCUACAUGGGCUGGAAUAGAAUAUGAUGGGAGAUGGAAAUACACUGCCAAAGAUAUAUAUAAGAACGUCAUCAUCGCUCCGCAUCAAAAUGAUUCGACGGACGAUCAACUCGAAGUCUACGUGACCUCCGAUUUGUGGUCUUCAACGACCGGAAGGGUUAACAUGACCUGGUACGAUUGGUCCGGGAUUCCGCAGAACAUCCCAACUGCAACAUCAAUCGAUGUCACCGUUGACCCGCUGAAUACGUCGCGUGUGUAUCAGACCAGUCUAGACAGCAGUCUCUCUGGACACGAUAGAAACAAUCUUGUUCUUAUCAUGGAUGUUACUACAGAAGGAAAGCUUCCGAAUGACGAGACUGCGCAGACUUUCAACCAUCGUAAUUGGUACCAUCCAACUCCACUCAAGGAUGCAAGAUUAGUCGAUCCAGGACUGAAGGUCACGCACAACGAUGAGACGAAGAAGUUUACCGUCGAGGCCACGACUGGUGUGGCAGUCUGGACAUGGCUUGACUAUCCGGAAGGUGUCGUGGCCACAUUUGACGACAACGCAUUUGUGUUGAGGAAAGGCGAGACGAGGGAGGUUGGGUAUCGGGUUAAGAAAGACACGACUAGUGGUAAUUGGAUUGAGGGCGUCAAAGUGGGGAGUCUGUGGGACAAUACCACGCCUUGA